AAGCGGUUGACUUUUGUUUGACCAUCCGAACAGAAGAGGAGUCCAGGUCCAAGAGAAGGGCCAUGGCGAGUGGUGGUGGGAUGGAGGUGGAGGUGCGCGUGGUGGGCGGUGCCCGGAGCUGCUUCGUCGCGCUUCCGCUCCACCUCAUCCAGGCCCUCUCCCGCACCUCCGCCUCAGGCGACCUCCCGCCUGUCCUUGCGCUCGACCUCCGCGCGGCCGCCGGCGCACGGUGGUCCCUCGCCUGGUCCGGCGCUGCGUCCCGGUCCCGCGCCAUCGAGGUUGCACAGGAGUUGGCAGAGUGCAUUUCAUUGCCUGAUGGAACAAUAGCUCAACUCAGUGUAGCUCGCUCUCUGACCAGAGCUGACUCGGUCAGUAUAGAGCCCUUUAGCGAGGAUGAUUGGGAGAUACUGGAGAGUCGUGCUGAUUUGGCUGAAGAAACGAUUUUGCAGCAGGUCGGUAUUGUUUAUGAGGGCAUGCAAUUUCCUCUGUGGUUGGAUGGCCAUAAUAUUGUAAAAUUUGUCGUCGUUUCAUCUAGUCCCAAGAAGUCAGUUGUUCAACUUGUGCCGGGAACUGAAGUUGCUGUGGCACCCAAAAAACGUAAAGAGAAAUAUCAAGAUGUGCAAAAGGAAGGUUCAUUGAAGGAACAGGGCGAAACAAAGGCACUCUUGCGUGUUCAAGCAGCAGAUAGAAAGUAUGCACAUAAAUUUAAAUCUAAGGGCAUUGAGCUGGGGGUGGUUCUGAGCUAUGCUGUGCUGAUACAUCCAGAUACAGCUGCAAGGACUUCAUUUGGUAAUCUCCAGUUGGUCACUAUUUCAUCUAAAUCAUUGCCUAAGGGGCUUAGUGAACAAGGCAAAGAAGCUGCACAAAAGAAGGGUAUUUCAGUACCCAAAAGGACCCGAGAAGUAGUUGUCUAUGUCUUAUUCUCAGACUCUGUUGCUAAAGGACAUGUUAUGCUUCCCUACUCUAUUCGUCACUUUAUAAGUGCAGACACACAUUCAUGGGUUUAUGUGAAGAAAUACACUGCUAAUGUCAAGAAGGAUGAGCCUAUAAUGAAAAUGUGUCCGUUACAUUUCAGUAUGCACGAAAGAUAUGUGCAUGAUAACAGUGAUUUAGGCGGUCAUGAAAAGGACCCUUGGAGGAACACCAGUAUUCCUUCAGAAAAUGGCAAUUUCUUUCAGAAAGCUCCUAACAAUGAGCAUCUUCUGAGUGCAGAUGCUGAUAGUAUUUCUGAAUCCAUGCCAGAACAGAAGGUACUUAUUAAGCAUUGGCUUAUUGGGCAACUUAAAGAAAUGACCUUUCAUGCUGAAAAUUCUGAGAUAAGUUCAGUAGUUUUACCAGCCAAAGUUUUGAUCCAUUUUGAAGCAGUAGAUGGGAAACUAAGCAGAGGAGUUGAUUUUCUCUACCUGUUAACAAUUAGUUUUGAAAACCCUGGUUAUAACAAUUCACAAGGCAAUGUUGAGAUUACUUGGAAAGGCCCAACUGAAAACUUGGAAUUGAAUUUCGGGAGGUUGGAGUUGGGUGAAGCUUUAUCAUUUGAUUCUGUAGUGGACGAUGGCUUCAACAAUGCUUUUAAGCUGACUCGAUCUUCGCUAGGUUGGAUGGAGAAUGCAAUGUCGGAUGUGACAAAAAGACUAUCCGUGCUCGUGUCUUCAACCGCUCUGAGGUUAUUUAACAGGCUAAAGCUCCCCUUUCCUGGACAUGUUCUUGUCCAUGGGCCUCGAGGUUCUGGGAAAACUGCUUUGACACGGGCUGCUGCAAAAUACUUCGAAGACCAUCAAGAGAUACUGGCACACAUAAUAUAUAUGGAUUGUUCCAAACUUGCAAUUGGCAAGGCUAAGGAGACAAGGCAAACAAUUGAAGACAGCAUUUCUGAAGCUUUGCUUCACUCACCUUCUAUCAUCAUAUUUGAUGAUCUAGACAAUGUAAUUUCAGUCUCUUCAGAUCCUCAAGUAUCCCAAUCGUCCAGUUCUUCUGAUUCGCUAGUAAGAUACUUGACUGACAUCCUGGACGAGUACAAGGAUAAAAGUCGUAAUGUAUGUGGAUAUGGACCUAUUGCACUGAUGGCUUCAGUUCAAUCACUUCAGAAUCUUCCUCAAGAGCUGACUUCAUCUGGGAGAUUUGAUUUCCACGUUGAACUUCGUGCCCUUGCCAUCCCUGAGCGUGAAGCACUAUUGAAACAUCAAGUUGAGGAGCAUAAGUUACAGUGUUCUGAGGAAGUUAUUUCAGAGAUAGCGUCAAAAUGUGAUGGCUAUGAUGCAUAUGACUUGGGAAUUCUGGUUGAUAGGGCUGUGCAUGCUGCUGCCUCUCGCUUUGUCCUUCCUUCUGCCUGUUUGAACUCUGUAAACCCAACGCUGGUGAAGGAAGACUUCUUGAAAGCCCUGCAUGAGUUCCUUCCUGUUGCCAUGCGUGAUCUUAGGAAAUAUGCUCCUGAUGGUAAAGAUGGUGGUUGGGAAGAUGUUGGAGGGCUUAAUGAAGCAGUAACUAUUAUUAAAGAGACUCUUGAAUUGCCAUCAAAAUACCCAAACGUCUUUACUAAGGCACCUGUUCGGAUGCGGUCGAACAUCCUCCUCUAUGGACCACCUGGAUGUGGUAAAACACACAUUGUGAGGGUUGCAGCUGCAGCUUGUUCUCUGCGGUUCAUUUCAGUCAAGGGUCCAGAGCUGUUGAAUAAGUACAUUGGUUCUUCUGAGCAAUCUGUUCGUGACUUUUUUGCAAAGGCUGCUGCGGCAGCACCUUGCUUACUAUUUUUUGAUGAAUUUGACUCCAUUGCACCCCAACGAGGAACACAUAGUGCAGGAGUUUCUGAUCGUGUUGUCAAUCAGUUCUUAACUGAACUAGAUGGUGUGGAAACCUUGACUGGAGUAUUUGUAUUUGCUGCUACAAGCAAACCACAAUUAAUUGAUGCGGCACUCUUGCGCCCUGGACGAUUCGAUCGUCUUGUCUUUUGUGAUUUUCCUCGAUGGGAUGAGCGUGUAGAAAUUCUGAAAGUGCACUCUAGGACGGUUUCACUGGCAAGUGAUGCCAGUUUGGAAGACAUUGCUUCCUUGACUGAAGGAUUUACUGGUGCUGAUCUCGCGGCUAUUCUAACGGAUGCUGGGUUGGCAGCAGUUCAUGAAGUUCUGGAUAGCAGGCAGGACGGUAUCCCAGAAAGAGAACCGUGUAUCAGCAAAGAACUUCUCAUGUCUGUUGCUACGAAGGCUAGACCUUCUACACCAGCUGAUGACAAGUCAGGGUACGAUAAGGAGUUUGGCGAAUUCGUGUCGUCCAGGAAGUCCCUUUCCACAAAGGCUAGAGAGUCUAAAGGCAAGAAGGUGACGCUGGCUUGACGGUACCUUCAACAUUGACAACUAACUACAUGGGACAAAUAAGGUCGCCUGCAUGCUUUGAUCUUCAUUGCUCAUAAAAGAAAAUCCAUGCAAAUAUGAAUUUCCCGAACAAUUGUGUGGACAUUGGAUUCUCUCUGAAUGCAGAUGUUUGGUCUAGUUUCUCUGGUGGUGUCCAGAUAGCGCGGAACAAAAGAAUCCGGCUUAUUUACUGGUGCUGAUCUCGUGGCUUAUUUUGUACUAGCGCAGAAGAAGGAAGAGAUGUGCAUAAAAUUCUUAAUUGAGAGUGAAGGCGUUGCGAUCUACACUCUUGGCCGUGUUUUGAGGUGCGGAUCCGCUUCCCUUGUGAAUAAAGACAGUAAGUGGGACUUUGUCUUGCUACUGCUGAAUAAGCAGCACAGCAAGGAAAACAAUGGCCUGCAGAUUGAUUUCACCACAAGAUAGGCUUGCACAUAUUCCAAACCAGUAGGAUAAUAUAUAGAAAAUGUAAAAGCAAAACUGUUGUGUAAACAUUAUUUUUCUGAGAUGUUUCCCGACAACAAUUUAAUGUGAUAUACUGUACUAGAAAACCAGGAAACAUUCGUUGUUCGA